AUGGAGAGCCCCAGGAGGCCUUCAGGCGCUAUCACCUCCAGCUGCUGCGCUGCAGCUACGGGGGGCCCCCAAGAUGGGGAUCGUGCGGAUCCCGUAUCCAGCACGGGAGACGUUUCUGAAGAAGGUUCGAGGGUGUUGUCGCCAGCUGCAGCUGCACCAGCAGCAGCAGCACCACCAGCAGUACCAGCAGCACCAGCAGCAGCGACGUCCUCCCCCCCAUCAGCCGCUGCAGGAGCAGGCCCUUCAUCAUCAUCAGCAGCAGCAGCAGCUGGUGAGGGUGGCACAGGCGAACCAGCAGCCCGAGAAGGAGCAUCAUCAGCAGCUCCAGCAGCAUCAGCAGCAGCAGCAGCAGGAGACACCUCCCCUGUUACUGAAGGAGGAGACGGCAGCUUAAGGCGGAAUCGCUGGGCGGAUGAGAGCGAUGAUCUUGACUCUCCAGCCUUCGAUCCUAUGGCUCCGGGAUCGUCUCCUCCACCUCUGAGUUUGGGCAGAGCUGAGGUGCCGCCUCCUCCAGUCACAAUGCCAGACAAAGGCGUGCGGGAGCUGUUAGUGUUUGACUUAGACCCCCGAAUGUCGGAGCGAGACAUCUCUGCGCUCUUUGGGGGGGUGAAGCGUGUGCAUAUAAGAAGAGGAGACAGCAGCAGAAACAGAAGCGGCACCAUCUCCGCGGAGGUUUCUUUUGUAUCUCACGAGGCUGUCUGUGCUGCACUGGCUAUGAACGGAAGACCCCUACCGAGGAGAGGCGGCGCUCUGGGUGGGGGGGGCCCCCGAGGGGACAGAGCAGCAAAGGGGCCCCUAACUUUAAAAGUGCAGCUGCCUCCUCCAGACAGCUUAGAUGCAUGCUUUUCAAAGUUCCGCUCAGGUGGAUUAGGGGGCCCAUCUUCUGCUGCUGCUGCAGGGUCACCUACGGCUGCUGCUGCUGCAGAUGCACAGCACCGCCGGGGCCCCGCAGCAACCGCAGCACCAGCAGGAGGCUCCCCCCUUAGUAGGGGCCCCUCAGGGGGGGGCCCCCAGGGGGGCCCUCGCUCAGUCAAUCUCGACAAUAAAUGGAGGAAGAAAGGCAGAGCAACCGAUGCACCAACUAACGCUCCUGCUGCUGCUCCUCCUGUACCGGGAGGCAGCAAGGAGCAGCAGCAAGAACAUGCCAGCAGCAGCAGCAGCGGCAGCAGCAGCAGCAGCAGCAGCAGCGGCAGCGGCAACACCAACGGGACAGCCCCCACGACGCCUUUAGUAGCCCCCAAGGACCUCCUUAAGGAGCAGUUGAAGCCGCAAGGGCUGAAGCUGAAUCCAGCUAUAUUCGGUGAAGCAAAGCCCCGAGAUGAAGCAGCAGUCUUGCAGCGGCUGAGAGAAGGGAGAGAAGGGGCCCCUAAGCCGGGUUUGCCUAAGAUGCCUGUACCGCCUCCACCUCCCCCGCAGCCGCAGCAGCAGCAGCAGCAACAGCAGCAGCAGCAGCCGCAGCAGCAGCAGCAGCAGCAGAUGCGGUGGAGAAGCAGCAUGCAGCCGCAGCAGCAGCAGCAGCAGCGGCAUAACUCACCUGAAAAGCAGAGACGCCGCCAGGACCCUCUUUGUGGGGCAAAGCCUCGUGAGGGUCUUCCUCUUAUUUCUCCUCAAGAGCAGCAGCAGCGGGCAUCACUCUCGAUGAAGCCUCACUCGUCCUCGGUUGCAGCAGAGGGGCCUCAUCUGAAGGGCUCGCCUGCUGCUGCUGCUGCUGCUCCAGGAUCGCCAGCAGCAGCUGAGCGCCAGCCUGGGGCGGCUUGGGGGCCCCGACUUGGUGCUGCAGGAGCGCAGCAGCAGGAGGCAGCUUCGCCUAUACGCCGAGGCUGGCGAGGGGGCCAAGACAGUGCCAGCAGCAGCAGCAACAGCAGCAGCAGCAGUGCUGCAGACGCAGCAGGUGAUGCAGCUGGAAAGAGCAACACUAGCAGCAGGGGGUCGCUCGGGGGGCCCCAGCAGCAACGCAGCAGACCGGCUGUAACGGUCAGGGAAGUGUGUGCAGUAUCAGGGUCCGGCGAGGCAGCGAGGGCACCGGGGGAGCAACAGCAGCAGCAGCAGCAGCAGCAGCAGCAGCAGCACCAGAAGCAAACAAGCUCUGCUGCAGCACCGGGGACGCUGAGGGCGGGCCCUCUGGCUUCGCAGCUGUUUCCAGAGAGGGCAGCAAAACAGCAGCAGGAAGAAGAGGAGCAGCAGCAGCAGCAAGGGAAGAAGACAAAGGGAAGACAGGCGUGGCAGACGAGAAGUGAGGGGCCUGCUGCUGAUGUGCACGGAGCACAACAGGAGCAGCAGCAGGAGCAGCAGCAACAGCAGCCACAGCAGCUUCCUGAGGGGGGCACAGCACAUCAGGGGCCCUCGGAUGGGGCGCCUAACGGGGCGAGCCAGCCACAGCCCCAGCAGCAGCAGCAGCAGCAGCCCCCGCCGCCGCCACCGCCACAGCAGCAGCAGCUGCCGCCGCCGCCGCCACCGCCACCGCAGCAGCAGCAGCAGCACGGCCACCGAGGCAGCGGAGGACGAGACGAUUGGCGCGGGGGCAGAGGGGCCCCCCGGUGGGGCCCCAGUUCAUCUGGUAGCGGCUCCUUGUUUCAGAGGAGGCCUUCAAAGGAUGGCCAGCGUGGCCCUGCUGCUGUUGCUGCUGCUGCUGCUGCAGCUGCUGCUGCAUCGACCGGUGCAGGAGCGGGGAACAGCAGCAGCAACAGCAGCCUGAAUCCGCGCAGUGCGGAGAUGGGGGGCUGUGCGGAUGGCCUUGCUGCCUCGCCGACUGUUUCCGGGAUAGCACCUUUGCGUGAGAAGGGGCAGCGCCGGCAACGAGGCUCUGCGCGGAGUAAGAGGGAAGAUGAACAAGAUAAAACUGCUAACAGAAAGUGGAGACACCAGGGUUCACCAGGAGGCGGAGAGCCGCUGGGUCGAGGCGAAGGCAAAGGCAGGGGAUUAGGACGCAGCGGCGGACAAGGCGGUAGUGGGGGAAUGGGGGAGCGACGGUCUGUGACUGCGGGGGCCCCUGAAGAGCAGCAGGGGGCCCCAGGGGCCUCGGCAGGCGGUGAAGCAGCAGGAGCUGCUGCUGCUAGGGAGUCUGCAGCGCCGCAGCAACAGCAGCAGCGGCAGCAGCAGCAAGGGAGCAGAUCGCAACCGAAUGCCGUUCGAGAUGGGAUGCGCCUCUCAGCACCACCAGCUGUACAUACAGAUAACCGUUUCUCUGCCUUUGCAGAGGCUUCUGGGGAGUCCGAUUGA